CACUGUGAGUCAGUCUGUUGGUUUCCAUUCGUCGUCCGUCUGGAAUGAAGUCAGACUGAGGAAGAAGAAGAAGACCAGUGAAGGCAAGGAGUGAGAAAACCACUGAAGAAGGUGGAGCAGGAGUAAGAAGAAGAAGAAGAGGAGGAGGAGGAGGAGGAAUGAGAAGAAGAGCAGAAGCAUCAGAAGGUCAGAGGUAGCUGACAUCAGCCUGUGAUUGACAGCUGUCAAUCAUUUGAUCUCAACCAACCAGGAGACAGAAAAACAUGCAGUAGAGACGGACAGGUGAGGUACCUGUAGAUGAAGAUCGUUGGCCAAUCAUGGCAUCCAUCAGAAGACGAACAAGAAGUCUGAUUGUGCUCCACUUCCUGCUGGGUGUGCUCCUGGUUCAUCCUGAUGGGAGCAUCUGUCUGGAGCUGCAACCUUCAUCCACUGAAGUUCUGCUCAACUCAAAUGCCAACUUCACUGUGGUGUGCUCAGGCUGGAGUCAGGUUACAUGGCGGUUACCUCAAGAUUUUUUGAUGGAUGGAGUUGACGUGGACAAUCAGGGGUCCAGCAGUGUCCUGCAGCUCUCUAAAGUCACCUGGAAGAAUUCUGGGAGAUACACAUGUGAGGAGGCAUCAUCCUAUCAGAGCAAAGUGGUCGACAUCUUCAUCCCUGGUCAAGGUCCAGAGGAAUGGUUUGUCCCGCUGGGUCCAGGUGUGGUGAUGAAGGAAGCAGAGGAAGAUACCAUCCCCUGUGUUGUGUCUAACCCGCAGCUCAACGUCUCGCUGUAUGAACGUCCCGGCAGGACACCGGUUAGCGGGAUGACGUAUGAGCCGGGCCAUGGCUUCACAGGUCGUCUGAAGGACACAUCAUAUGUGUGCGUGGCCACCCACGGAGACGUGGAGAUAGAGUCACAGGUGUACUACGUCUUCAGCAUUGUAGUUCCUAAGGUGAUGGAGGUGGAUAUGACGGUGUCCAGCAGUGUGUUGAAGCAGGGGGAGGUCCUGACUGUAAACUGCACCGUCAAAGACACAGAGAUGGUUUUCUUCAACUGGGACUUUCCCCGCAAAGAGGAUUUCGAACCUCUGACAGACUUUCUGCCCAAUCGGAUCCGCUCAUUUGUAAACAUCUCUGCAGCAACAGUGGCAGACUCUGGUGUAUAUGUGUGUGUGGUGCAGGAGACGAUACAGGAACGAACUGUGAAGAAGAAUGUCACGGUGACAGUACUGGAUCGAGGUUACGUCUACCUGUGGCCUUCAGGUGAGACCAACGUGUCGUCUCUCCUACAUCACACAGUGGAGUUCAGUUUGGAGGUCGAUGCCCACCCUGCUCCGACUUUCCUCUGGACCAAAGACAACCAGACCGUUGCCAUGGGAACCACCUCCAUCACCACCACGCACCACGUAGAUCAGAGGUAUUUCAGCACGCUCAAGCUGGUUCGAGUCCAGAUGGAUCAGGCAGGAAGUUACACAGUCACAGUUUCCAAUGAAGAUGACAUCCAGGAGGCCGUCUUUAACCUGGAGGUCAAAGUGCCCCCUAGGAUCACGUCUCUGUCGGAGCUCGGCAGUAAGGCGGUGCUGUGUGUCAGCGAGGGAGCUCCGCCCCCAUCUGUCACCUGGUACACCUGUCACAGCUCAAACAGGUGCAAUAAUGUAACGGGCGGCUGGAGAAGCCUAUCAGCAAACCCGGAGAGCGGAGCUCCGCAGCAGAACACCACGGAAGUGGAGGAGAGAGGAGUCACCCAGGUACGCAGUGUGUUGACGCUCAAGAGUCUCUCCUCUUUGUCAGCUGUUCGCUGUGAAGCCAAAAAUUCUGCAGGACGACGAGCAAGAGACCUGCGAAUACUGUCCACCUCUCUCCUGUCUCAGGUUGCUGUAUUGGCAUCAGUUUUGGUUUUGGUCGUCAUUGCUGUCGUCUUCCUCAUCAUUCUCAUCCUCCUCUGGAGAAAAAAACCUCGUUAUGAAGUUCGUUGGAAGGUCAUUGAGUCGGUGAGUCCUGACGGACAGCAGUACACCUACCUCGACCCCACGCAACUGCCCUACAACUCCACCUGGGAAGUACCACGAGACAACAUAGUAAUAGGUCAGGUGUUGGGUUCAGGUGCAUUUGGUCGAGUUGUUGAGGCAAAUGUGUCUGAUCUACUUCACUCUCAUUCUACAACUAAAGUGGCAAUCAAGAUGGUCAAACCCAGUAGCGGUGCAGUUCAGUCUCUGAUGUCGGAGUUGAAGGUCAUGGUUCAUCUCGGUCCUCACCUGAAUGUUGUCAACCUGCUGGGAGCGUGCACAAGAGGAGGUCCUGUCUAUCUGAUCACAGAGUUCUGUCGUCACGGAGACCUGGUGAACUACCUGCAGAGGAACAAACACACCUUCUUACAGAGCGACCCACACACCAAGAGUGACAGUGAUGGAGGUUACAUGGACAUGAAUAAGGAGAGCGCUCAGUAUGUCGCCAUGAAGGAGCUCAGCUACGCCGACAUUGAACCUGCGGUGUACGAGACGCCGUACACACCGCCAGACCAGCAGGAGGCGUCGCUCCUCCUCAGUGACUCUCCUCUACUGACGCUCAAUGACCUGCUCAGCUUCUCCUUCCAGGUUUCUCAGGCCAUGGACUUCCUCUCAAACAGAAAUUGCGUCCACAGAGACCUGGCAGCGAGGAAUGUGUUGGUCUGUGAGGGAAAACUGGUGAAGAUAUGUGACUUUGGUUUGGCCAGAGAUCUGAUGAAAGAUCAGGAUUACAUUGCCAGAGGAAACAGCUUCCUGCCAGUAAAGUGGAUGGCUCCAGAGAGUAUUUUCCAAAACAUUUACAGCAGUCAGAGUGAUGUUUGGUCCUAUGGAGUGUUACUGUGGGAGAUUUUCUCUCUGGGUGGGAGCCCGUACCCCGACGUUCCCAUGACCCAGGAGUUUUAUUCUGCUCUGAAGAGAGGCUACAGAAUGAGUCGACCUGACCACGCUCCCGACAACAUUUUUGAUCUGAUGAAACAGUGUUGGGAGGAGAAACCUCAGUUCAGACCUUCUUUCUCCUCACUGGUUGCCUCCGUUGGCAACAUGUUGAGUGACGACUACAAAAAGUGUUACCAGCAGCUGACUGAGAACUUCAUGAAAAGUGAAAAUCCAGCUGUUGUACGAUCCAGACUGAGUCCGUCCAUAGCUGUCGGAGAUCUGACUGAUGGAGAGACGGACACAAAUGGAAGUCCCGACCCUCAGGUGAACUCUCACCUGUUGAAGGUGGAGCCAGAAGAGGCAGGUCCCUCCCAUGGCACUUACAUCAUCCCUAUCACAGACAUCACCAUAGAAACCAGCGGUGGCGCUGCGCUGGACGCAGUCAGCCCUCAGCUGUCAGAUACUCAGGACACAGCAGGAGCACAGGAAGUGACCUCAUCCGAGGACAGACAGGAAACCGAGGAGCUUCCUGCUUCAUCCUGCAAACGUGAGGAAGAGGAGGAGAGCUGCCUGUGAAGGGUUCAGCUGCCUUUCAGACUGGGUGGAGGGUUUAAUUAGGGCACAGCACAUCCUGCCAGACAGAGCAUAGGGGUUCAAUGCCCCACAGAGUCUGCCACGCCCUCAUUCCUCAAACGAUGACAUCAUCACCAGAGCUGAGGUUCUUCUGAGCAAGGCAUUAUUUUACCCACAGUGUUGACUGUAAGGCUGCCAAAGGAAACGUUUUAUAUAUAUAUAUAUAUAUUUUUGAAAUUAUGUUUGACACAGGAAACAGAAAUAUUAUUCCUGUUGAAAUUAGUUGUGUCCACAGUAAACAGAUUUAUAACUUUAUAAUCUUCAGCUUCAUAUUCUUUAUUUACUCAUAUUAUUCUGAAAUGUCUGUAUUAUAUCUGUGUUAUUAUUUUUUAUUAUCUGCUUUAUUCAAACUGCUCUGAUUGAUGUCAGAACUGAAGCUGUUUAUCCAAAUAAAUAUCAAAAUGAAA